GCCACAUCCACAUUUUGCAUCUUGCAUCUUCUCGUCUCACCAUGGCCUCGAGCUCGCCCGGCGCACGCGCGCCACUAGCGCUGACCCCACUCACGCCGCCCAGCUCCAGGCUGCCGACGAUCUCGAUGCGGGCGCUCACAGCCGCAGGCACCGCACGGCCCAUCGACGCACGGAGCAUCGUGACCCUUAUCAUCUUCUUCGCCGUCAACGCCCUCGUCAUAUUCCCGCUGCGCAUCCCGCUGCCGCGCGUGCUGGGGCGCGUGGCCAGCGAAGCACGCGAUGCCGUCCUCGGUCUGGGGCGGUGGGACGCGUACGUGCACCAAGGCGAGAUCCGCGAGACCCGGGAGAUCCGCGAAACCCGGGAGAUUCGCGAAAGCAAGGACGCCCAGGAGGAGCGUCAUGAAAGCCGUGCGCCAAAUGACGACGGAAAGGAAGCGAACGGCGCGAGCACGACUGGCGCGAGCACCACCAGCGAGGCGAGCAAGAGCUCGGAGACCGACGUGCCGACGCCAACGCCUGACACACUUGCUGCGCCCUCACAUGCCCCCGAAGAUGCAGGGGCGGCGGCAGAAGCGACGCCGUCCGCCCGCCCGCACUUCACGCUCGGGCUCGCCACCGCACCUGUCGCGGGUGUCCUCCUCCUCCUCGCGAGCACGUGCAUCCCCGGCAGCGUGGUGCGCGGGGGCAUUGUCGGCGGUGUCCGUCCCUACGACAUCAUGACGCUCUUCCUUGCGUUCGCGUACAUCUCCCUCUCGCUGGACUGCACCGGACUGCUGCGAUUCCUGGCGUUCGCAGUCGCGGCGCGCGCCUCGUCGUCCGGCAAGACCCUCUUUUUGGCGCUGUACGCGCUCUUCGUCCUCCUCAGCCUCGGGGUAGGCAACGACCCCGUCGUGCUCUCCGGCACGCCCUUCGUCGCCUACUUUACGACGCACACAGGCGUGCUCCCCACGCCGUUCCUCUUCGCGCAGUUCCAGGCCGCCAACCUCGCCAGCGCGCUCCUCGUGUCGUCCAACCCCACGAAUCUCGUCCUCACAAGCAGCUUCCACCUCUCCUUCCUAAGCUUUAGCGCGUGGACGGCGCUGCCGACCCUCGCGGCCGCUGUCGCGCUCUACCCCGUCCUCGCGGUGCUGUACCGCAAGCUCAUCCCGACGACGCUGAGCCCGCCGAAAGUCGAUCCGCGGGACGCGCUCGUCGACCCCUUCGGCGCGAUCUUCACGAGCACAGUCUUCGUCGCGGCGAUUGUCGCGCUCGUCGCGCUCAGCGCAGCCGGCAAGCUUGAGGGCGUAGAAGGCGUGUGGACAGUCACGGGGCCCGCGGCGGUCCUCGUCCUCCUCCGCGACGCGUUGCAUGACCUCCGCCGCGGCCGGAGCGGCGGCGGCGCCCUCAGGCCCGAAGCGGAGAUGGCGCGUGUCGGGCCGGCACGCACGUCCGACGACGAAGCGGCGCAAGCGACGGGCACCGAGCGCCCGCCGAGUGCGGGCGUCGCGUCCAUCACGACGGAGAAGUCGCGCUCGCCAUCGCCAUCAACAGCGCCAUCGCCCGACCCUUCCCCGGCAGCACGGGCGCCCGUCGCUCGCGCCCACCCCGUCGCGUGGCUGCGGCACACGUUCCCGACCGUCGCGGCCGUCGUGUCCCGCCUCCCCCUCCCCCUCCUCCCCUUCGCAUUCAGCAUGUUCAUCCUCGUCGACGCGCUCGAGCACACCGGCUGGGUCGCAGUCUGGGCGCGCUGGUGGGCGGCAUGGGCGCGCGCCGGCGGCACAGCGGGCUGCGUGUGGCUCAUGGGCGUCAUCUCCGUCCUGGGCUGCAACAUCCUCGGCACAAACAUCGGGCUCACCGUGCUCCUGUCCCGCAUCCUCGUUGUGUGGCGCGACGCGGCUGCGCCCUCCGACCGCACCCUGUACGGGAGCGUGCUCGCGCUCGCCAUCGGGUCGAAUUUUGGCGCUUACUCGUUUGUAUUCUCCGCGUCGCUCGCCGGCCUGCUCUGGCGCGACAUACUCGCGCAAAAGGGCCUCAGCGUCGGCCGGCUCGAGUUCAUGCGCUGGAACAUGGUCCCGCUGUGGACCACCAUGGCCGUGGGCUGUCUUGUCGUGGCCGCCGAGGUGUGCGUCAUGUUCUAGAGACGCCGAGGGUGAGUGUGUAAUCUCGUGGGGUAUGGUUUGGACUCUGUAAUCUCGUGGGCUAUGGUUUUGGACUCCGUGGGACGAUCUCGUAGACAAAUAGAGCGAUGCAGACGCUACCUC